GAUUUCAGCUCCUCUCCCGGUCGUGGCAGCUGCAGCUGCUCGCGGGUCGACAUGGACGCUUUGGAGGACUACAUUUGGCCUCGGGCAACCUCGGAGCUCAUACUCCUCCCGGUCACGGGUCUGGAGUGCGUAGGGGAACGGCUGUUGGCGGGUGAGGGGCCGGAUGUCCUGGUGUACAGCUUGGAUUUUGGUGGGCAUCUGCGGAUGAUGAAUCGAGUGCAGAACCUGCUUGGCCACUAUCUUAUCCAUGGGUUCCGGGUGCGACCAGAACCCAAUGGAGACCUUGACUCAGAGGCCAUGGUAGCUGUGUUUGGGAGCAAGGGACUCCGAAUUGUGAAAAUUAGCUGGGGACAGGGCCGCUUCCGGGAGCUCUGGCGCUCUGGCCUGUGGAACAUGUCUGACUGGAUCUGGGAUGCACGUUGGCUCGAGGGGAACAUGGCCUUGGCCCUGGGCCACAACUCAGUGGUGUUGUACGACCCUGUGAUCGGGUGCCUCCUGCAGGACGUGCCCUGCACAGACAGGUGCACCCUCUCCUCCGCCUGUCUGAUCGGAGACACCUGGAAGGAGCUGACCAUAGUGGCAGGUGCCGUUUCCAAUCAACUCCUGGUCUGGUACCCAGCAGCUGCUUUAAUAGACAGUAAGCCUGUGGCCCCCGACCGACGGGUCAGCGGGCACGUGGGUGUAAUCUUCAGCAUGUCGUACCUGGAAAGCAAGGGCUUGUUGGCAACAGCUUCAGAAGACCGAAGUGUUCGCGUCUGGAAGGUCGGUGACCUUCGGGUGCCUGGGGGUCAGGUGCAGAAUAUUGGGCACUGCUUUGGGCACAGCGCCCGUGUGUGGCAGGUCAAGCUGCUGGAGAAUUACCUGAUCAGUGCGGGAGAGGACUGUGUCUGCUUGGUAUGGAGCCACGAAGGUGAGAUCCUCCAGGCAUUUCGUGGCCACCAGGGUCGUGGGAUCCGGGCCAUAGCAGCCCAUGAGAGGCAGGCCUGGGUGAUCACUGGGGGUGAUGACUCAGGCAUCCGGCUGUGGCACCUGAAAGGACGUGGACACCCAGGCUCGGGGGUCUCAGCUCUCUGCUUCAAGUCCCAUAGCAGGCCAGGUGCCCUCAAGGCUGUGACACUGGCUGGCUCAUGGCGAGUGCUGGCAGUGACUGAUGCAGGGGCCCUGUACCUCUAUGACCUUGAGGUCAAGUGCUGGGAUCAACUGCUGGAGGACAAGCGCUUCCAGUCCUACUGCCUUCUGGAGGCAGCCCCUGGUCCUGAGGGCUUCGGGCUGUGUGCCAUGGCCAGUGGGGAGGGUCGCAUCAAGGUUGUUCCCAUCAACACUCCAACUGCAGCCAUGGACCUGACCCUGUUCCAUGGGAAGGUACACAGUGUGAGCUGGGCCCUGCGUGGCUACGAGGAGCUCCUGCUGUUGGCCUCAGGCCCUGGAGGUGUGGUGGCUUGCCUGGAGAUCACAGCCGCUCCCUCUGGCAAGGCCAUCUUUGUCAAGGAACGUUGCCGGUACUUGCUGCCUCCCAGCAAGCAGAGAUGGCACACAUGCAGUGCCUUCCUGCCCCCAGGUGACUUUCUGGUGUGCGGAGACCGGCGGGGCUCUGUGCUGCUGUUCCCCUCCAGACCAGCUCUGCUCAAGGAUCUCGGGGCUAGAGGCGGGGCUGGGACUGGAGCUGGAGACCGAGCCCUGGGAGUGGAUAGUGACAGAGGGGAGGGUGAGACAGCCUUAGCCAAGUGGGGCCCUGUGUCUGUCCUUCCUUUUCUACAUGGGAAGCAAGGUGUGACCUCGGUCACCUGUCACGGUGGCUAUGUGUAUAGCACAGGGCGUGAUGGUGCCUACUACCAGCUCUUUGUGCAAGGCAACCAACUGAAGCCGGUCCUAAGGCAGAAGUCCUGCCGAGGCAUGAACUGGGUGGCUGGGCUCCGCAUGAUGGCUGACGGGAACAUGGUCGUCCUGGGUUUCCAUGCCAAUGAGUUUGUGGUAUGGAGUCCCCGGUCACACGAGAAGCUGCAUAUCGUCAACUGUGGUGGAGGGCAUCGAUCCUGGGCCUUCUCUGAUACUGAGGGAGCUAUGGCCUUUGCCUACCUGAAGGAUGGGGAUGUCAUGUUGUACAGGGCUUUGGGUGGCUGUACCCGGCCACAUGUGAUUCUCCGGGAGAGCCUGCAUGGCCGUGAGAUCACGUGUGUAAAGCGUGUGGGCACCAUCACCCUGGGGCCUGAGUUCGAGGUACCCAGCUUCAUGCAGCCUGACGACCUGGAACCUGGCAGCGAGGGGCCCAGCCUGAUCGACAUUGUGAUCACAUGCAGUGAGGACACGACCAUCUGUGUCCUGGCACUCCCCACAGCCACAGGCUCAGCCCACACACUUACUGCUGUUUGUAACCAUAUCUCCUCGGUGCGUGCAGUGGCUGUGUGGGGUGUUGGUACCCCGGGGGGCCCGCAGGAUCCUUGGCCAGGCCUGACUGCCCAUGUGGUGUCUGCGGGGGGCCGGGCUGAGAUGCACUGCUUCAACAUCAUGGUCACCCUGGACCCCAGCACCCCGAGCUGCCUCACCUGCCAUGUUAUGCACCUUUCGUCCCACCGGCUGGAUGAGUACUGGGACCGGCAGCGAAAUCGGCACCGGAUGGUCAAGGUGGACCCGGAGACCAGGUACAUGUGCCUAGCGGUGUGUGAGCUUGACCCACCUGGCCGUGGCCCCCUUGUGGCUGCAGCCUGUAGUGAUGGGGCAGUGAGGCUCUUUCUUUUGCAGGACUCUGGGCGUCGGCUGCAGCUCCUGGCUGAAACUUUCCACCACAAACGGUGUGUCCUCAAGGUCCAUUCCUUCACACACGAGGCACCCAACCAGCGGAGGAGACUGUUCCUGUGCAGUGCAGCCACUGACGGCAGCUUGGCCUUCUGGGACCUCACCACUGUGCUGGACCCUGGCUCCACUGCCCUGGAACCUCCAGCAGAGCCUGGGCUUCCCCACCGGCUGGGUAACCCCUGCCUGACCCUCCAGGCUCACAGCUCCGGUGUCAACAGCCUGCACACCUUGCCCACAGGCGAGGGCCAUCUCGUGGCGAGUGGCAGUGAAGACGGCUCCCUCCACGUCUUUGUGCUUGCUGUGGAGGUGCCAGAGCUGGAGGAGGUUGGGGGUGCUGCUGAGCUGGUGCCCCAUCUGCGUGUCCUAGAGCAACACUCUGUCCCUUGCGCACAUGCUGCCCACGUAACGGGACUCCACAUCCUAAGCCCAAGCCUCAUGGUCUCCGCCUCCAUUGAUCAGCGGCUGACCUUCUGGCGUCUAGGGCAUGGGGAGCCCACCUUCAUUAACAGUACUGUGUACCAUGUACCAGAUGUGGCCGAUAUGGACUGCUGGCCUGUGAGCCCUGAGUUUGGUCACCGCUGUGCUCUUGGGGGCCAGGGACUUGAGGUUUACAACUGGUAUGAUUGAGGUGUCCUGCGGUGGCUGGCAUGCUGGGCAUGGGGCCUGCCCACAGACGGAGUGGAAUAGGAGUGACCGUCUGUGCCCAUGCCCAGUGUGCCUUGGGAGGCGGCGGCGGCUGCGGGUUCCCGGCUUCAGGGCAGGUGUUGCAGUUGAUGACUUUGUGAACAUUCCCAGAUACUGGAACCUCUGUGGCCUUAGAUGUAGUUCAGUGGAGGGAGACCUAGCAUGGCCAGGCCAGUGUGCAGCACUUCACGCACAGCCCGUAGAAGCUGCAGACGGGCAAACAUUUGGCCAAACAGGUGUGGUCGAGGCUCCUGGAGGAGAGAAGGGGCCUACUUGGUCUCAUCCUUUGCUUCCUUCCCCUGCACUCCCACACACACCACGUUGCUACGUGCUUACCGUUAAGAUGUGUACCCGAUUGUAGUAGGAGCUGAAAUCCAUGCUCAGCUGCACCAGAAACUUGCACACCUAGACAGAGACUGAGUCACUGGCCUGUCUCUCUGCCCUCGCACCCCAGACCAGAAUAAAGACAGUGUGGUGCCUGUCCCAGUCUUUCCUGCCUCAC